AAUUUCCAAACUUGAAGCACGCGCCCCGCGGUUUUCCUUUUGUUUUCUCUCUCUCAUUCAGUGGCACUCAAAAUAUUCAACUCUCGUGCUAAAACUUUCGAAGCGAUGUUGCACGGAGGAUUGUCAAUCUUGGACGGAACUCUGCUGAGAGAGGCGGAUCUAUCUGCGCCUCCUUGGCAGCAGGUAGGAGUGAUCGCCUGCGCGGAAGUGCUUCAGCUGGCUGAAAACAGGGCCUCGCUCUCCCUCCAUGGCGUCGUACUACCGGAAACUCUCAAGUCAGCCGCUCUCCUACGGCUUGGUUUUUCCGAUGCCGCUGCAUUCCGUACGAAGGAGCUUGAUUGCUCCGAUGCCUCGUUAACUUUUCGAAAUUACGUCUUGGCCAUCGCCGAUGAACUGAGAGAUGAUCCUAUUGCUGUGGCAAUUUUGGAUGGAAGAACUCUUCAAAUGUUUUUGGAAGAUGAAGAUGAUUUUGCGAUGUUAGCUGAGAAUCUAUUCACUGAUUUAGACACAGAAGAUAGAGGAAAGAUUAGUAAGGAUGAGAUACAGAGUGCUCUCAUACAUAUGGGCAUUGAACUGGGGAUUCCUCCUGUGUCAGAAUUUCCUCAAUUAAAUGAUAUAUUAAAAAGUCAUGGGGCAGAAGGAAAAGAAGAACUUGGACAGGCACAAUUUGCGGAGCUGUUGCAACCUGUGCUACAAGAACUGGCCGAUAGUCUUGCUAAGAAGCCUGUUGUUGUUGUUGUACAGCACAUCAAGAUCGUCAAUGGUUCUAAGCUGAGAAAGCUUGUGGCCGAUGAGAGGCAACUAGACGACAUUGUUAAGAAGAUAAUGCAAGAAAAGUAUGAAAGCAAGAGCGAAUGGUCAAGCACCAUGAAAGUCAGGCAUUUCCUUGAGAAACAUGGGGAUGAUUUCGGCUUACCACCACCGGAACUGGAUGAAAUGGUGGUUCUCUUUGAUGACAUAUUUAGUGAGGUGGAGAGCCAAAAUGAUGCUGCUGAAUCAGAAAAAGAUGGAUUCAUGGUGCUGCUCAAGAAGAUCCUUGAGAAUUUUGCUGAGAAGCUUGAAGCAAAUCCAAUUCUUUAUGAUCUUCAUUCUUCACACUGAAAGAGGUUUGAUUAUACUUGUACUACAGUUGUGGUCAAUGCAUGCUCUCAUCUAUUUUUGCUCCUUUUUUCCUCCCAUAUUAAGUACAAUAUGAUACAUUAUCCUCCAGGCCUUGUAACAGAACAAAUAUAUCCUCAUAUAUUAAUGCUACAUGCAUAUAGUUUCAGAUUAA